AUGUCUACCCCAUUCACAUUCGGCACGCCAGCUGCGUCGGGUGCCUCGAGCACGCCGUCGACAACUGCUCCUGCUUCGGGCGGUCUGUUUGGUGCUGGUGCAGGCACGUCAACUACCGGCGCAGGUUUCUCGUUUGGCGGCACCUCGACGGCUGGCGGAGCUGCUGCUGGCGGACAGUCAAGUGGUGGUAGUCUCUUUGGGAGCGCAUCGAAGGCGUCUCCUUUUGGUGGAGCAGCCUCCUCGACACCAGCGACAACUACCCCUGCCGCGUCGGGCACUUCGCGCUUCGGUCAGCAGUCGUCAACGACGCCCAGUUCAGGAGGGCUAUUUGGAGGAACCAUGACAUCCAAGCCAGCAGCAGGCGGCAACUUGUUUGGCGGCGGUAGCACGGGCACCCCUGGCGCGGGUUCUACGCCCUCAGGAAACCUCUUUGGUGCUGGUGCGAGCGCUGCUCCCUCGAGCACAUCGGGCACAGCUACCGCUACCUCUGCCGCACCGUCAUUUGGCGGUCUUUUCGGUAAUAAGGAUGCUAAGGCCCCGGCCACAACAUCAGCUGCCCCCUCAGGUGGACUUUUUGGGGGAUCUUCUGGACAGUCUUUGCUCCCUUCCGCUGCGGGCAGCACUCCAAAUGCUGGAGCUGCGACGCCCUCCAAGCCUCUUUUCGGCGCCUUGGGUUCGACGACGCCCGCUGGGGCACCGCCGGCCGACAAAUCUGCGGCCCCCUCGCUGUUCGGCGCCAGCACUGGCCAGCCUGCUCAGUCUGGCCUGUUCGGUCAGGCAGCCAAAUUUAGCGCCCCGGCAGCCGCGGCUACUACCGCUACGAGCCAGCCUGCCGGCGGCUCCGGUGGCCUGUUCGGAGGUGCAGCAUCUUCGCAGGCUCCGGCACAGGGUGGCUUGUUUGGAAACACCUCUUCUGCACCUUCUGGGCCCUCCUUAUUCGCCAAACCCCCGAUUGCGACAUCCGGACCCGGACAGUUUGGAGGCGGCAGCGCACCGGCGUCCCAACCGGCUGCGACCACCUCGGCCGCGGCCAAGCCUUCUCUUUUUGCGCCGUCUAGUGGACAGUCGGCGUCAACGACUACCGCAACCUCCGCUCCGGCCGCAUCUAGUACUCCGAGCUUGUUUGGCGGAGCUGCGUCUGCCACGCCUGCGUCCAGUGCUGCGCCGGCUGCCAAGCCAGGAGGCCUUUUCGGUGCGACUUCAGCGACGCCCUCGACUACGGCGACGUCCGCGCCCGCUCAGCCCAAGUCCCUGUUCGGCGGUGCGCCCACGACAACCACUUCCGCUCCUACCGCCACUUCCUCCGCUGCGCCUAGUGGCGGCCUGUUUGGCUCGACCACAGCCGCCGCGCCUGCAUCUACCUCUGCACCAAGUACUACAACCACAACAUCUGGCGCGCAAGCGGCUACAACCACUGCCCCUGCAAGCGGCGGCUCCCUCUUCGGAGCGGCUAAGCCUGCCGCCGGUGCUGCCCCUGCAGCUUCCACUACCGCUCAGAACGGCACCACCGCAUCCGGUACCAACCUCGGCGGUUCGACUAUGGGCCCUCCUUCCCAGAUCGCACGUCUAAAGAACAAGACGAUGGAUGAGAUUAUUACCCGCUGGGCAACUGAUCUAUCUAAAUAUCAGAAAGAGUUUAAGGAGCAGGCGGAGAAGGUCGCCCAGUGGGAUCGGCUCCUGGUCGAGAACGGCGAGAAGAUCCAGAAGCUCUACCUCGAUACCUACGAGGCAGAGCGUGCCAGCAACGAGGUUGAGCGCCAGCUGCAGUCUGUCGAGAGCCAGCAGGACGAACUCGCCAGCUGGCUGGAUCGCUACGAGGGCGAGGUCGACGACCUCUUCGCCAAGCAGGUCGGCCCGGCUGAGCAGCUCGCCGGCCCCGACCAGGAGCGCGAGCGCACCUACAAGCUCGCUGAGAAGCUCACCGACCGGCUGGACGAGAUGGGCAAGGAUUUGACCAAGAUGAUCAAGGAGAUCAACGACAUCUCUGGAUCACUGAGCAAGGGCAGCAAGCCCGACGAUCCGGUAAGCCCGUCAUAUGCACAUACCGGUUCCGAUGUAUACAGUACUAACAGAGAGAUGCCACAGCUGAGCCAGAUCGUCCGGGUCCUCAAUGGCCAUCUGUCCCAGCUCCAGUGGAUCGAUACCAACGCUGCCAACCUCCAGGCCAAGAUCUCGGCUGCGCAGAAGGCUAGCAAGAGUAUCGGUGCUCAAUACGGCGGUCCCGAGAGCGAUGCGGCUGAGAGCUUCUAUCGGUCGUAUAUGGGACGCCGGUAA